UGUUGAACAGGUUGAUUUGCAAAAAUGAGCCAUAAGGCUGUCUUGUGGGAGCUUGCUGUGUACAAAUGAGCUAUCUGACCACUUCGGAAAUUGGUGGUAAUGAAAAGGCCUCUCUGAUUUGCAAUUUUAAAAAAAAAAGUCUGCCAGCUCACCCCCGUUACAGCCCUUCUCAUUGGCUGGAAAGCUCUUUCGUCGUGCAAUGUCGCCACAGAAAUGUAAUUUUAACUUUGUAAGCAUAUGCCAAACUUGCCAGGCUCGAUCUUUUGAUGCUGCCGUGGGGGAGUAUACAAACCGCGACUUGCAGCCGCGUAUGUACGGCACAUUACUCAAAACAUAUGGCUUUUCUCAAAGGCGAACUCUCACAUGGAAGGAGACUGCGGGCAGGGUUGUUCCAGUCCCAGCACUUGACUGUGUGAAUUUCAGCCCUUGUCUUCUUUCGGGAAUUAAUGGAUUUUUGCUGGGGCAUCAACUUGUGAUCUAGCUCAAACCCUUCAUCCCUCCCAACUUACAUCAGGAGGACUUUUGAGGAUCAGAGUGGAGUGCAUCUGGAGUGUGGACUUUUUUGGAGAGUUGCUGUUCUCUAGACGCUAUGAUGUGGCAAGGCACAGGACCACGGGGCUGAGAGAAGAUUUCAAAGGAACUUGAACCUUGUUUGAUUGCUGUCAUUUGGCUGAUUGAAAGCUCCAAGCGUUUGUGAGCCAGGAUUACCUUUUGCAGAAGAAGGGGUUGCCUCCAGCAGGGACACUGUGAAUAUCCCAGACCUCAAUAUGAAAGCCCCUCAGAGGAGCCCUGGCAGGGCAGAACAGAUGCUAGGAGCCAUGGCAGAUAUGUUGACAUCUUUUGCUAUACCCAGCCAGCAGUGGCUAUCAGAUCCGUGUGAAGUGACAGCAGAGCUGACGGAACGUGAGACCCUCAGUCCUGAGGGAGCGCAUUCAGGAGAAAGCAGAGAGGCCAAGAAUGAACCAGGAGACCCCGAGACUGAUUGGGCCCUGCCAGAUGCAGCUGCUGCCCAGGGCUGUCCUGGGGCUUCAAGUCUAACAAGUGCUGCUAUUUUUUCUGACUUCCCCAGCUCGCUUGCAACAGAAUGCUCUUUCCCAUUUGGUGAAGAAUCGUACUCAGUGACGGGAAGCGAUGGCAGCAUCUCCACCUCAGUGGCCUCGAUCCAGCCACAGCCCUCCACCAGUUCGGCUCCCAGCUCGCCGAGCUCCAAGCGGUCGGUGAGCACCUUGAAGAAAUGGCUGACCAGUCCAGUCCGCAAGCUCAGCAGCGGCAAGAUCGACCGGCAGGUGAAGAAACUGGAAAGCAAACCCAAGAAGGCGGAACGAAGGAAGAGCGUCGAUGAGCGACGGAGGAGCAUCGACCUGGGGAUAGUCAACAAAGGGAGUGAAACUCAAGACACGAAAGGCUGGAAGGAUGGAUCACUGAGCCGCAGAUUAUCCCGAGAUGAACAAACACCAGCUGUGAUUCCGGAGUCACCGACAGCGCUUACUGACAUCCCAAAGAAGGAGAUGGAAGAACAGGAUGCUGCAGUGCAGAGUCCCAUCACCCUCUCUGUUCAGGAUGGUGCUGUGGGAUCAUUGGCUCACCCUCCAAACGGAUUGUCACAGUCACUGAUCACAUCGAUAGACACUGAGGAAGAAAAGAGGAGUGCCUUAGAAAAGAGUAUGUAUGUACUACAAGAACUUGUAGAAACAGAAAAAUUAUACGUGACCGACUUGGGUUUUAUAGUGGAGGGCUACAUUGCAACAAUGAAUGAAAAAGGAGUCCCUGAAGACAUGAAAGGGAAAGAUAAAAUAGUAUUUGGGAACAUUCAUCAGAUCUAUGAAUGGCACAAGAACUAUUUCUUAGCAGAGCUGAAGAAAUGCCUGGAGGAGCCAGAGAGACUAGCCGAGCUCUUCAUAAAACAUGAAAGACGGUUACACAUGUACGUGGUUUAUUGCCAGAAUAAACCUAAAUCAGAGCAUAUCGUCUCCGAGUACAUCGACACCUACUUUGAAGAGCUGAAGCAGCAACUAGGCCACAGGCUUCAGCUGAAUGACUUACUUAUCAAACCCGUUCAGAGAAUCAUGAAGUACCAGCUUCUAUUGAAGGAUUUCUUGAAGUAUUCGAAGAAAGCUGAGCAGGACACCACUCUGUUAGAGCAAGCUGUGGAGGUGAUGUGCUUCGUGCCUAGACGAUGUAAUGAUAUGAUGAACGUAGGACGCUUACAGGGCUUUGAGGGAAAAAUAACAGCUCAGGGAAAACUUCUUCAGCAGGACACCUUCCACGUGAUCGAACAGGAUGCUGGCUUCCUAUCGCGCAGUAAAGAGCGGCGAGUUUUCCUCUUUGAACAAAUAGUAAUCUUCAGUGAGCCACUGGAUAAGAAGAAGGGCUUUUCACUGCCAGGUUAUCUCUUCAAGAACAGUAUUAAGGUUAGCUGCCUGGGCCUUGAAGACACUGUGGACAACGACCCUUGUAAAUUUGCCUUGACCUCACGUGGGACAGAUGGGAAUGUGGUGCGAUACGUCUUACAAGCUACUAAUCCGGAAAUCCAGCAGGCCUGGGUUUCAAACGUUAGUCAGAUCCUGGAAACGCAACGUAACUUUUUGAAUGCUCUGCAAUCUCCGAUUGAAUAUCAAAGGAGGGAAAACAAAUCCAACAGCUUGGGAAGACCCCGCGAUGCCAGGACAGCACUCUCCAUCUCAGCUGGCAUGAGGCCCCAUUCUUCUGCAUCCAUGGACAGGAACCAGUUUCCCUCAAUGAAGGCCUACAACACCUCACUGCCAACAUUGUUUCUCCCGCCCAGCAGGACUGGCAGUGCCACCCUGGAAACAAAUCAGCUGCCAUGUCAUGGGAAGGAUACCCAAGAUGGAAAUUCUACCAAGGUUGACACCAACGGUCACAAGCAUAGGAGCCAAGACAAGCUGGACAAGAGCAAGCAAUAAAGUAGCUUCUUGGUUUUUCUCUUCUGUUUGCUUAGAGGAAGUUAGGUUCAGGAGCGCACAGUGUGGGUCAGCUCCCCGUUUUUAAUUCUUCACCCACGAACCCAAUUUGCUGAAGGUUUGGCAAACUUUGGCACCUUGCAUCAAUUGUGCACCUUUAGCCCAAGGGUUGUGCUCCGGGACAACCAACUCCGAGUCAUGGAAAAUCAAGGGUAUUGUGCUGCCAUUGUCAUGUCACCUGGGUGUACGUUUUUAUGAUGGCUUGUCUGAAGGUCCUCAGUUGUUCUGAAUCAAUAAGUGUCCCUCUGUGGAACACCCAAACCCUGGCUGCUACCGAAGGACUGACUGGCAGGGUCCUUCUGUAGAGGGGGGAUGUCUCCGAUUUGAGAUUUUGAAAGGGCAUUCUGCUGAGGGAUUUCAAUUCAGUCAAAGGAUUGAAAAUCACUUGUAUCCUGUAACGCUGAAAUGGACCAUCCUGAUCACUUAAGGAGCUUUUUGUGUUAUUUUCAAAAUAUCCACAAGGAGUCACAAACGCCAAUACUCCAAGCAACAUCCAUGUCUGACAACACUUCAUCCCAUUAAUCGCCCUGUGCCUUUCCCAUAGAACUGAAACAGUGGAAUCAUAGCUGUUGCAUUGUCGUUGAACAAUCAAUCCAUCCAUGUAACAUCUGACAGCUCCAGAAUAUCCUUGCUUCAUCACUCUGCACUGGUGAUAUCACAACGUCAGGAAGAUUUGUGCCCAGUUCAAUAUUUCCUGGCAGAUUGCACAAUGCUUUUGACUUCUGGAAUUGGUGUCUGAGCCGGCGAAAUGAGGCCUCUGGCACAGGCAGGGGCAAACACCAAAACCGAGAAAGUACCAAUUGACUCUUUUUGUGGUCUAAGCUUUGUAUAUGAAGACCAUUUUCAAUUUUUUGGAUCUUCUCUGGUUUGAAUUUAUAAACAUUUCUAAUCAUGCUGUUGUACCUUUCAUUUUCCCAGAUUCUAAAUCUUCCUUUUUGUUUGAAAAUCGCGGCUGCGCUCCAUUCUGCACCCUUCCUCACUCCAGUGGUGUGCCUUGAGGCCCACCACUUUGCACUAGUUGUCCAAAAAGUGGUCGGUACCUUUUAUUUUCCCAGACACUAAGUCUUCAUCGUGGCAAUCUGCUACUCCGCAGGCUGUUCCUUUCAUGUCAGUUCACCCAAAUGUCUCCAUCCCUGUGCUAACCAAGCCUGCAGGUUCUGUGCUCCUUGAUCAUGUUGCUGCUGUCAAAUUGGUAAUUCGGCCGAGGUAAUGAAAGUAAAGCACCAAUAUCGUGGUAGCUGGCUGAAGGUGGAAACUCAGCAAAAAAAGGGCAACAUCAACGUUAUAAGAACAUCUUUUAAGUAUUGUUGAGGCUGGAUCAUUAAUGUUUAGAUGCUACACUCCAACUGUGAACUGGUAGAAUUUGAUGUUACUGUUUUAGCCCUUGGCACUUGGUCAAAAGCAUGAUCCUGCAGUCAUUCUGAUGGUGGGAGUCAGGGAUCCAUCUCGUCCCUUGACUGGACUGAGGGCGUUUCAUGAUUUUUGCCUUUCUUUCAUGAGAUGUGGGUGCCACUGGCUAACUCAGUACUUACUGCCCAUGAGAGCUAUUGAAAGUGAGCUAUAUCGGCCAUGGGUCUGAGAGUCACAUGUAGGCCAAGACCGGGUAAGGACAGUAGAUUUCCCACCCCAAAGGUCAUGAGUGAACGAGAUAUGGUUUUCACAACAAUCAAUAAUGGUGUCAUGGUCACCAUUAAUAAGACCAACGUUUUUUCCCCCACAUUAAUUAGCUCAAUUUAAAUUGACCCAAAUGGAUUUGAACCCAUGACCUGAGACCAUUAGCCUGGGACUUUGUGGGUAGUUAAGAGUCAAAUCACAUUGGCUGUGGAUCUGGAGUCACAUGUAGGUGCAGAUCAGGUGAGGAU